GAGAGAGGAGGUUAUUCGUAAUCUCCAUUCGAUUGUGUCAUGUCGUCUUCUUGUUGGAUAACAAGCUUCCACUUGGUCCCAUCACAUCAACAUACUUUUCGUAAUGUAUUCAACCGAAAUAGAAAAACCAGACAUUAUUCACAUACACCUACGAGGACAACUCUGAUGGCCUGUGUCGCUUCCAAAGAAGACGCGAGCUCCAAUGGUGCAGGACUAUUUUUGCCUUCGCAAGACUCUCCAACCACUCUGACAAGAUUUGUAUUGGAAAAUAUCCGGUCUUCCAAAGCACCUGAGGAUAUAGUAGACCUUAUUUCCAGUAUUCAGUUUGCCUGCAAGAAGAUUGCUUCCUUGGUCUCUAGAGCUGGAAUUACCAACCUCACAGGACUCUUCAAUGAAGGGAAAAGUAUCAACAUUCAAGGAGAGGAACAAAAGAAACUGGAUAUACUUUCUAAUCAAGUUCUCAAGAAUGCUCUCAAGUAUUCUGGUAAAAUGGGUGUGAUAGCUUCGGAAGAAGAAGACGUUCCUGUUACCGUAGACGAAAGUUUCUCAGGAACCUAUGUGGCAGUAUUUGAUCCCUUGGAUGGUUCAUCUAAUUUAGAUGCAGCAGUAGCUACGGGAACUAUCUUUGGUAUCUUUAGGCAAGAAGUAUCUUGCUUGAUAGAGGAUAUGGCUGAUGAUAUUGAACCUUCUCAACUCAAUUGUUUGGCGAAUACUCUGCAACCAGGUUCUCGUUUGUUAGCUGCAGGAUAUUGUAUGUAUUCUUCAUCGACUAUGAUGGUGCUUUCAUUGGGACAUGGAACACAUGGGUUUACGCUGGAUCCCGAAGUUGGUGAAUUUGUAUUGACUCAUCCUUAUAUGAAAAUACCAAAGAGAGGGCAAAUUUAUUCCUUCAACGAAGCCAAUUAUCACCAAUGGGAUCCUAUAUUACAAGAAUAUGUGGAAAAAUUGAAAACUGGAAACAAUCGUUCAGGAAAAUGUUAUUCUUUACGUUACAUUGGUUCAUUGGUAGCCGAUGUACAUAGAACUUUGCUCUAUGGGGGUGUCUUUGGUUAUCCUAGAGAUAAGAAGAAUCCCAACGGCAAAUUGCGUCUACUCUAUGAAUGUGCUCCGAUGAGUUAUUUGAUUGAACAGGCUGGUGGAAAAGCUACAAACGGUGCACAACGUAUUUUGGAUAUAAUACCCAACACGACCCAUGAACGACAACCUCUUAUUUUAGGUUCAGAGGAAGAUGUAGAUGAGUUGAUGCAAGUCUAUACCAAAUAUUCUUCCCAAAUGCAAGUCUAAGUUGGUCUGAAAUAAAAUCCUGUCAGACAGUAUUUUCUACCUCUUUGUUAUGUUGUC